AUGGGGAUCCCCGAGACGGAUCUCAUCGAGGAGAUGGACCUCUCGUCCGUCGAGUGCCUCAACAUGGCGACGGGCAAGGAAUGGGGCAACGCCGUCAAGCCCGGGUACAGAGAAGACGCCGGGCUGCUCUGCCAGUCCGACGACGACGAGCAGCUGAUCGUCACGAUCCCCUUCAAGCAGCUCGUCAACCUCACGUCCCUCAUCAUCCGCGGCCCCGCGGACGGGACCGCGCCGAGGACGGUCAAGGUGUUCGUGAACAAGCCCAACCUCUCGUUCGACAACUGCGGUAAAAAAGCCGCCGAGUCGCUCGUCCUCACCGCGGCGCAGGCGACGGGGGAUGAGAAGAUCGAGCUCGACUUUACCCAGUUUCAAAACGUAAGAGUCGUCAGCAUCUUCGUCGACGACAACCAGGGCGGAGGGGACGUGACGAACGUCGCCAAGAUCGUGGUCAACGGGCACCCGGUCCACACGACGAACAUGAGCGAGCUCAAGAAGUGCUGA